AUAAAAAAUAUAUAUUCAUCUCCUCCUCUUCCUUCCACCAUAGAUUCUUUCUCUAUCCUCCUUUCUCAAUCCUCUUCUACAUCUUCAUCAGACUCACUCCAAACCCUGCAUCAAAGCAAAUCUCAACCUUUUAUUCCUGUACGUACAAUCAGCGAUCUAUUAAUCCCCAGCCUUAAAUCCGCAAGAAAGAAAAAAAUGGUGCAAGAAUCUCAAGAGAGAAAGCUUGAUGAGGCUAGUCAUGAGAUUGAGCCUCAAAAUAGUCCCAUUUUAUGUGCAAAUAAUUGUGGAUUCUUUGGGAGUUCAAGCACUAAUAAUCUAUGUUCUAAGUGCUACAAAGAUUAUCUAUUGAAACAAUCCAAAUUUUUCGAUGAAGAAUCAAAAAAGAGCCAGAAAAAAUCGACUUUGAAAGAAAUUGAGACAAACUCAGUUGGGGAAGAGGGGCUUGUUAGGGGGGAAGAAGGGGUUGCCAGCAAGGGGCCGUUGUCGGCUAGUGUGGGAAGUGAGAAUGGGGAUGGGAAUGUUGAGAAACAACCUGCAAAUAGGUGCAAUUUUUGCAGGAAGAGGGUUGGGUUGACUGGGUUUAAGUGUCGGUGUGGGCAGACAUUUUGCUCAAUGCAUCGAUACUCAGAUAAGCAUAACUGUGUGUUUGAUUACAAGAGUGCAGGGCAGGAUGCUAUUGCCAAGGCGAAUCCGGUGGUGAAGGCAGAUAAGAUUGAGAAGAUAUGAUGGUAAGUGGGAUGGUUGUGAUGGCGGUUUGAUCUGUGAAGAAUGGUGUUAGAGAUAAUAAGUUGCUACUAUUGCUUUGGUACUUUUAUUUGUGUUCAUGUACAGUUUGGUUGUUUCAGUUACCGCAUAUGGAAUUUGAUGUCAAAUACAUUUGGUUUAUAUAUCUCACUUAGUUGUGAUUUCGUA